UUCGUUCCCAGCACACGGCCCAGUAACAGCAGGGCGGCCGGACCACCCACACCGCCGUCUCUCUACGCCCACACGACGCCGGAGAACCUCGCAGCGCCGAACCGGAAAAGGACCGUGCGAGCGCCGCCUGGCUCGGUGGCGUUCAUCUCCGGGAGGCGAGAGCGCGUGCAGCGCGCAGCGGCGGAGGCUUUUCUCAUCCCCCACCGCAGCUCCUGGAACCCCAACCCUCUCUUCCGCCCAAACUCCACGCGUCGAGAAAUUCGGGGAGGAUGUCCGGAUUGGCCGCGAGCGCGCUGCCUCUCGCCGCAGGUCCCAACUGCCCGCCGCGCCUACUGACGCCAUGUCCGUGCUUAUCUCCUUUUCCCAGCCAGAUCCUCACUUUCCGCCCGCGGUUUCCUUCGUUACCAGGCCCGUCUCCGCUUCCGUGGUGCAGACCCACUCGACCCAGCGGCCUAACGAGGCCUCCACUACUCAAGGUUGCCGAGCUGCAACCAUGUCUUCCUGGCCGAUUCGCUUCGGCCAGACGGCUGAAAUUUGGGGCUGCGUCGGGCAAUGGGCGUCAGGGACUUCGCGCCAGCCAAUAUCGGUUUGAUGAUGAUGAGCCGCUGUGGCUUGCGGUGGUUAGAGAAUUCGCUGUGAGUGUGAGGAACUUGGUGGUUUUCUUGGCUGAGCAGCCAAGGCAAUUGAAGCACCUCGAAUGGCCGGCCUUCCGGAAUACGUUGAGGACGGCAGCACUUACUCUCAUACUCGUUGUGGUGUUCAUUGUUGCCUUGUCUUCCAUUGAUGCUGCCCUUUCAUACAUUUUGUCCUGGCUACUUCGGAAAUCUGCGUAGUUUACUGACCUGGCAAAUUAUGAAGGAGUAGAUGAUGCUAUACAGGAGGUGGGAAGGUGGUUAAUGUCCCAGUAUACCAUGUUAUCCUGAGUAUUGAGAGAAUCGAAAGGAAUGCUCUGCAACUGGUCUGUUUUUCGCGAAUGUAUAAUGUAUUUAUGCAGUUGCUUACUAUGGUAGUUAAAUGCUAAUUAUUUCUAUUUGGUUGAGAAAGGAAAGAAGACAGAGUUACUCAUUUGCCCCUAAUUCUGUAAUUCAAACUCUUAUCUAGUUGUCGUCAGUUCUUGUUGAAUGUGCUCCACCAGUGAGAAUCUCAACUUGUUACGUUAAGAACUGUUUUCUUUUUCUUGUAAAUGUAUCGGUCCAUAUUCUGAGAUCUGAAUAAAUUUGCAUUUCUUA